GUCAUAUACAAAACAAUUUCACAAUUUUGGCAAAAAGUUCGUUUUGCAAACGAAAUAAUAAAGCAUAAACAAUCACCAUGCCGUUAGAAUGGUUAUUUGGUCGUAAGAAGACCCCAGAGGAAAUUCUCAGGCAAAAUAAAAGAGCAUUGGACAAGGCAAUGCGGGAACUUGACAGAGAGCGACAGAAUAUGGAACGAAAUGAAAAGAAGAUUAUAGCAGAUAUCAAGAAAUUGGCGAAACAGGGACAAAUGGAUGCAGUGAAAAUAAUGGCCAAAGAUCUUGUCCGUACUCGUCGCUAUGUGAAGAAGUUCAUUCUCAUGAGGGCCAACAUCCAAGCAGUUUCUUUAAAAAUACAGACACUCAAAUCACAGAAUUCCAUGGCACAAGCCAUGAAGGGAGUCACAAAAGCAAUGCAAACAAUGAAUAAACAAUUGAAGCUUCCUGAAAUCCAGAAAAUCAUGAUGGAGUUUGAGAAACAGUCCGAGAUGAUGGACAUGAAAGAAGAGAUGAUGAAUGAUGCCAUUGAUGAUGUUAUGGGAGAUGAGGAUGAUGAGGAAGAAAGCGAUGCGAUUGUUGGACAAGUGCUAGAUGAGUUAGGAUUACAGCUUGGUGAUGAGUUAGCUGGCCUACCACAGACAGAUCGGUCUCUUGGGCCAGCAAAAACAGCAGCGAAGCAACCACAGGCUGCAGGAGUUACCAGUGAUGCAGAUUUAGAUUUAGAAGCCAGAUUAAAUGACCUGAAACGGCAGUGAGGAUUCAAUUUGAAAGUGGAUGCCACCAGGAACUUAAAACAUUUUGUUCCUGUGAUUUUAAUAUAUUGGAAUGAUUCAUUGGGAAAAUUGGGCUGAAUCAAGGGAUGGGGAGUGUCAGUGAGUUCUCCAUCAGCUAUGGGAAGUCCAAUCAUUGAACUGUUAUUUCCAUCCAACACUCAUUGAGGACAGGUAUUUGUGUUUUAUAAACCAAGACUAUACAUAUACGGCAGUCUGCAAUAGCUGCAGAAGUGGAAUGUUAAUACUUUAUUAUUUGUUUGUGUAAGUAAAAGAUAAAAUGAAAACCUCGGUCUCCUGAAAGAAUUCCUUCUGCAUUGUGUAUAUUUUGUGCUGACUAUGUAGUUGUAGUAUUUCACUAGGGUCCUCAUGAAGGGACCUUUGUCAUGUUGAUGACGAUGUCAAUAGCUGUAGGUUUUAACGGACAAGUAUAGGAUGUCCUGUUAAGUACAGAAUUGUAUUUUAUGGACAAAGGGGUUUGGCAUAAAGUAUUGGGGAUGGGGAAAGCAAAAACUAAUAGGGGUGGGGGGGGGGGGGGAAAUGAGGAUAGAUUGUGAGUAUCUCUCCAAUCCAAACACAUUUCUACAACCAAAAUGAGAAAAAAAAGAUGAAUAAGUUGUUGAGUCGUCAGUUGUGGCCAGUUUGUAGUGCUACCCAAGGGGAGUGUUGAGUGCUGUGUGUAUGCCUUCUUUGGCCAACAUUUUGCCUGAUCGAGGCGUUGCUUGGGAGACCCGAUGUGUUCGUUUAGUUUCAUGAGGACCUCCAUUUAACUGAUUUUGAUAUCAGCUAUCUUUGUGAUAUUAAUCCUGAAUCAGCAAUGUGAACUUGGACAACUUAGCAAUUAACUCUGUUGUGCCUCUCUAUCUGUGGACACACUGUAUAAGGACUAGCACUGCAUCCAAGAAACGACUUGAUGUAAUUCCUAAUCUAUCACACUAUUACAUGUAGAUGUACGUAUUAUUUUGUACAAAGUAUUGAUAUCAAUUAUUAUAUUAUUGAA